AUGUUGAAUGGAGACGAUUUACACAUGGCAAUUGAUGUUGUCAACGAUCAGCAAUUGAUGCCAAUGCUCUCAAACUAUCAUACCACUCAACAUUUCACGGACACGUUGAGUUACACCGCUAGUAACAAUAAUACUAACAGUGACAAUAUUGAUGGUGUUAAUAAUGAUAACAAUAAUGAUGAUGAUUUGAGUAAUAUAUACAGGCAUCAUAGAACAAUACGAUUUGUCAGAAGGAGGAAGCGUUUUGCUACAGCUCAAACAUCACGAUGGGAUAAGAUGACAUCGGAUAAUGUCCUCAAAUUGAAAUGGUACAUCAGCAGGUACACACGUGAUAUGCCUCGUUCUGAAAUCAGGUAUUUUAUUUAUUAA